AGUGGCAACAGCGUAAAAAAGGCCAAGGCCGAUGUCCCAGGGAACCCAGUGGCUCAGCCAGUCCCCAGCUCUCCCAGUAUUCCAGGAACCUCUGUUUUGAAGGCGUGGUGUGUUUCACCUGAAGACAAGCAGCAGGCAGCUCUUCUGCGACCAACCGAAGUGUAUUGGGACCUGGAUAUUCAGACAAACGCAGUGAUUAAGCAGAGAGCACCCUCUGAAGUGCUUUCUCCACACCCCGAGGUGGAGCUGCUUCGAUCCCAGCUCAUUCUCAAGCUGCGGCAGCAUUACCGUGAGCUCUGCCAGCAGCGAGAAGGAAUCGACCCUCCGAGGGAGUCCUUUAAUCGCUGGAUGUUGGAGAGGAAGGUGGUUGAUAAAGGGACAGAUCCUCUUUUACCGAGUGACUGUGAGCCAGUAGUAUCGCCUUCCAUGUUCCGAGAGAUCAUGAACGACAUUCCCAUCAGGUUAUCCAGAAUCAAGUUCCGGGAGGAAGCCAAGAGACUGCUCUUCAAGUACGCCGAGGCUGCGAAGCGGCUGAUCGAAUCCAGGAGUGCUUCACCAGACAGCAGGAAGGUGGUGAAGUGGAACGUGGAGGACACCUUCAGCUGGCUGCGACGGGACCAUUCUGCCUCUAAGGAGGACUACAUGGACCGCCUGGAGCACUUACGCAAACAGUGUGGGCCCCACGUGUCGGCGGCAGCAAAGGACUCGGUGGAAGGCAUCUGCAGUAAAAUUUACUACAUAUCCCUUGAAUACGUCAAGCGGAUCCGGGAGAAGCAUCUUGCCAUACUCAAAGAGAACAAUAUAUCUGCCGAGAUGGAAGUUCCCGAGGUCCAGGACAGGCUGGUGUACUGUUACCCAGUGAGACUGGCCAUCCCCUCCCCUCCGCUCCCCAGCGUGGAAAUGCACAUGGAGAACAACGUGGUGUGCGUGCGAUACAAGGGGGAGAUGGUGAAAGUGAGCCGCAACUACUUCAGCAAGCUGUGGCUCCUCUACCGGUACAGCUGCAUUGACGACUCUGUCUUUGAAAAGUUUCUGCCCAGGGUUUGGUGCCUUCUCCGUCGAUAUCAGAUGAUGUUCGGUGUGGGUCUGUACGAAGGGACUGGCCUACAAGGGGCACUGCCCGUGCAUGUCUUCGAAGCCCUCCACAAGCUCUUCGGAGUGAGUUUCGAGUGCUUUGCCUCGCCCCUGAAUUGCUAUUUUAAACAGUACUGUUCGGCCUUCUUGGAUACAGACGGGUAUUUCGGAUCCAGGGGCCCCUGCCUGGAUUUCUUGCCUAUAAGUGGCUCUUUUGAGGCAAAUCCUCCGUUCUGCGAGGAGCUGAUGGAUGCCAUGGUCUCUCACUUCGAGAAACUGCUAGAGAACUCCAGUGAGCCUCUCUCCUUCAUCGUCUUCAGCCCCGAGUGGCGGGACCCUCCUACACCAGCCCUGACCCGCAUGGAGCAGAGCAAGUUCAAGAGGCAUCAGCUCAUCCUGCCAGCCUUUGAUCACGAAUACCGCAGCGGCUCGCAGCACGUCUGCAAAAAGGAGGAGAUGUACUACAAGGCCGUGCACAACACGGCCGUGCUCUUCCUGCAGAACAGCGCCGGCUUUGCCAAGUGGGAGCCCACGCCGGAGCGGCUGCAGGAGCUC